AUGAUUUCUUCUGGUGCUCUAUUCCUGAUUCUUACCACCGCAUCGUACUCCCAUGCUUUGUCCCUCGGCUUAGAUGCCCAACUUCGCGUCGGUCGGUCGAAACCAGUAGCUGCUGCCUGGUACGCCGGUUGGCACGCUAGCGAAUUCCCUCUUUCUCAAGUAUCAUGGGACAAGUAUACAUAUCUCACAUACUCAUUCGCGUUUCCAACUGAGGACCCCAGUAUCAUUAGUUUAGCGGGCUCAGCACCGGAGACCUUACCGAAAUUCGUCAAGGCGGCCCAUCAGCACAGAGUAGGGGCACUUGUAUCCAUCGGAGGCUGGGCUGGCUCGCGAUUCUUCUCCACAGCAGUUGCUAGUCCCCAAAAUCGGACUAAAUUCGUGAACGCGGUCACUGAAUUCGCCACCAAGCACGACUUGGAUGGGAUCGAUUUCGACUGGGAGUAUCCCAACAAGGAAGGAGUUGGCUGUAACGCCAAGAGUCCUAACGAUACUUCCAACUUUCUUGCGUUCCUCAAAGAGCUUCGUACCACCGAUGUUGGCCAGAAACUCAUUUUGACCGCAGCCACGGCUAUCACCCCGUUCGCUGACGCCAACGGCAAUCCCAGCCAAGACAUGUCAGGCUUCGCAAAAUUCUUGGACUACAUCGCGCUCAUGAAUUACGAUAUUUGGGGCGGCUGGAGCGCUACCGUUGGACCGAAUGGUCCGCUGAACGACUCUUGUGCAGCUCCCCAGAACCAGCAAGGUUCUGCUGUCAGAGCUGUCAAGGCAUGGUCCGCUGCUGGUGUUCCCUUGAAUAAACUCUUGUUGGCCGUCCCUGCGUACGGACAUUCUUUCACCGUUAACAAAACCGCUGCUUUUACUUCGAACGAUAUGAAAGAGCUCGCACUCUACCCUGGAUUCAACGCCAGCAUUCAUCAGAAAGGUGAUAGCUGGGAUGAUGGUGGUCUCGACGUUUGCGGGGUUGAACAACCUGCAGGAGGCACCUUCAACUUCUGGGCAAUCAUUAAAAGUUAUCUGAACAACGACGGAACCCCAAAGUCCGAUGUUCCAUACAAGUUUGAUGACUGCAGCAAAGCGGCCUAUGUGUACGACAAGGAACGUGAACUGAUGGUCGCCUUCGACGAUGCGAGCUCCUUCGCCGCCAAAGGCAAGUACAUUGCACAGACGGGUCUGGCAGGAUUCGCAUUGUGGGAGGCAGCAGGCGACUACAACGACAUCCUCCUUGACGCUAUUCGGGAAGGAAGUGGGAUGUGCUAG